CAGUCCAAGCUAAGGAAAAAUCUUCCCCAAGUCCUACCUGCCUGUCAAACAAGCUAGCUUUAUAGAUUCCUAUGGGCAUGCAAAGCAAUUACUAACACAUAUCAUUUGGAUAACACAUUUGUAGUUUUUAAGAAGGCUGUACAUAAAAACCCACCGUUGCUUCUUUGCCAUGCUCAGAGAGAAGCUUAGAGAAACUUAGAGAAAUCUACCUGUUGUGUUGUUUCAUAUUGCUGGAAAUGGCUUUGCUGAGUGAGGGCCUAACUCAGGUUCUGAUACCUGUGGCUGCCUUGAUUGGACUUGCUUUUGCUUUGCUUCAGUGGUUUCUGGUUUCGAGGGUGAAGGUGUCUUUCACCUCCAGUGAUGGAAAUGGCUGUAAGGACAAGUUGAUCAUGGGAGAAGAAGAAGAGGGUAUUGACAACUUUUCGGUUACCCUCAAGUGUGCUGAAAUUCAAAAUGCCAUUUCUGAGGGUGCAACCUCUUUCUUAUAUACCGAAUAUAAGUACCUCAGUAUCUUCAUGGGUGUAUUUGGUGUUGUCAUCUUCCUCUUCCUUGGUUCUGUUAAGGGCUUCAGCACCGAAAGCGAACCCUGCACUUACAACACGGGGAAUAUGUGCAAACCAGCUUUAGCCAAUGCCAUCUUUAGUACGGUUGCGUUCUUGCUUGGUGCUCUUACAUCAGUCAUUUCCGGUUUUCUUGGGAUGAAGAUUGCAACGUAUGCCAAUGCUAGAACAACUCUUGAAGCGAGGAAGGGUGUUGGGAAGGCUUUUAUCACUGCUUUUCGGUCUGGUGCUGUGAUGGGAUUUCUUCUUGCUGCCAAUGGCCUGUUGGUUCUGUACAUCACUAUUCAUUUGUUUAAGCUGUAUUAUGGGGAUGACUGGGAAGGACUGUAUGAGUCGAUUACUGGUUAUGGACUUGGAGGUUCUUCAAUGGCAUUGUUUGGAAGAGUUGGGGGAGGUAUAUACACAAAAGCAGCUGAUGUUGGUGCUGAUCUUGUUGGGAAAGUUGAACGAAACAUCCCCGAAGAUGAUCCACGAAACCCAGCUGUCAUUGCAGACAAUGUGGGUGACAAUGUAGGAGACAUUGCAGGCAUGGGAUCUGACCUGUUCGGAUCAUAUGCCGAGUCAACUUGUGCAGCAUUGUUUGUUGCAUCUAUAUCCUCCUUUGGUGUCACUCAUAACUAUGUAGCCAUGUCUUAUCCCUUGAUUAUAAGCUCAAUGGGGAUUGUGGUUUGCUUGAUAACAACCCUUUUCGCAACUGAUCUGUUUGAAAUUAAGAAUGCGAGUGAGAUUGAACCUUCCUUGAAGCGACAGCUUGUUAUCUCAACUGUUCUAAUGACUGCUGGGAUUGCUGUGGUCACUUUAGUAGCUUUGCCAUCGGAGUUCACUAUGUUCAGUUUUGGGACCGAUAAGACUGUCAAGAACUGGUACCUUUUCUUUUGUGUGUCAAUGGGCUUGUGGGCUGGUCUUGUUAUUGGAUAUACUACCGAGUACUAUACUAGCAAUGCAUACAGUCCAGUGCAGGAUGUGGCAGAUUCUUGCAGGACUGGUGCUGCAACAAAUGUGAUCUUUGGUUUGGCUUUGGGUUACAAGUCAGUUAUCAUUCCUGUUUUCGCCAUUGCAUUUGCUAUAUAUGUCAGCUUUAGCUUGGCUGCUAUGUAUGGAAUUGCUGUGGCUGCUUUGGGAAUGCUCAGUACUAUCUCCACUGGUCUUGCAAUUGAUGCAUAUGGCCCCAUAAGUGACAAUGCUGGUGGCAUUGCAGAAAUGGCUGGGAUGAGCCAUGAGAUUCGUGAAAGAACAGAUGCUUUGGAUGCUGCUGGAAACACCACUGCUGCUAUUGGCAAGGGUUUUGCUAUUGGAUCAGCUGCUCUUGUUUCUCUUGCUUUGUUUGGUGCCUAUGUCAGCAGAGCAGGAAUAGAAACCGUUGAUGUGUUGACCCCGAAAGUCUUCAUUGGCUUGCUUGUGGGAGCUAUGCUUCCAUACUGGUUUUCUGCCAUGACAAUGAAGAGUGUAGGAAGUGCCGCACUCAAAAUGGUGGAAGAGGUUCGCAGACAAUUCAAUACUAUUCCGGGGCUCAUGGAAGGAACAGCAAAGCCAGACUAUGCAACAUGUGUCAAGAUUUCUACUGAUGCUUCCCUCAAGGAGAUGAUCCCCCCAGGCGCUUUGGUCAUGCUUACUCCUCUCAUUGCUGGUACCUUCUUCGGAGUUGAAACUCUUGCUGGCGUUCUUGCUGGUUCACUUGUUUCUGGUGUUCAGGUUGCCAUUUCAGCUUCAAACACUGGCGGGGCAUGGGAUAAUGCAAAGAAAUACAUAGAGGCCGGUAAUUCCGAGCAUGCCAAAUCCCUGGGUCCUAAGGGUUCGGAUCCUCACAAGGCGGCUGUGAUAGGUGACACCAUUGGAGAUCCCCUCAAGGACACUUCUGGUCCUUCACUCAACAUUCUCAUCAAGCUCAUGGCAGUUGAGUCCUUGGUGUUUGCACCAUUCUUUGCAGCUCAUGGAGGCCUAAUCUUCAAAUGGCUAUGAGACGGAGCUGUAACAGAAAUCAGGUUAUCUUCGGUAAAUAUUUUCUAUUUACUGGCUGAGCAGUAAGUAAUGCCAUCUAGCUACCUGAUGUAAAUUAAGUAAAAGCGGUAUCAUGCAUGGCUACUACUUUCCAAUUUUACUAAACCUAAAAUGAUGCAUAGAUUGGCAUCAUCCCUUCUGAAUUUCUAGCUGUAUCUCAGUCUCUGUAUCAUGUAUGUAUAUGGCCAGCUCUUCUGAGUUGAAUCCGACGCUUAAUAUCUCAGAUCCAUCAACUUCAUUA